AUGUCACUGCUAAAGUCGCAUAUAGGAUAUCAUCAGUCACAAUCGACUUCAACACUAUCUGUAAUAUGGAAAAUGCGCACUUAUUUGACACUUGCAUUAACGCCGAUAAUUUUGUUACCUAUUUUAUUUUCGUUCCCACAAAGCCAGAACGAAGCAAAAUGUGGUUAUUGCAUUGGUAUAAUGGCUAUUUAUUGGGUUAUGGAAGUAUUACCGUUAGCAAUAACUGCCUUAUUACCGAUGGUACUUUAUCCGUUAUUGGGUUUAAUGGCAUCAGAUGAUGUUGCUCAAAUGUAUCUACCUGAUAUAAGUUUCUUAUUUAUUGGUGGAUUAAUGAUAGCGGUAGCUGUUCAGAAAUGCAAAUUGCACAAUCGUGUUGCUUUAUUCGUGUUAACUGUUGUUCCACCUCAACCAUGCUGGAUUAUGUUCGGUUUCAUGCUAGUAACUGCGUUUUUAAGUAUGUGGAUAUCGAAUACAGCAACUGCUGCUCUUAUGGUACCCAUUGCUAAUUCUGUUAUUAUCGAGCUUGCCAAAAGUAAUUGUAAAAAUGAGAUCAAUGAUAGUCUAGUGAGUGAAGCAGUGAUUGAAGACAGACAUAAUGAAAACAGUGACGGACGAAGAAAAUCUCUCGGUACUUUUAGUACGAGAGAUCCAACAGAUGUUUUAAGUAAAGAUGAAUAUCAUAUGGCAAAAGGAUUGCUGAUAUCAAUUGCUUUUGCUGCAAAUAUUGGUGGAGCAGGAACAAUUACAGGAACACCGUCAAAUCUCGUCCUAAUGGGCCAGAUUAAAGAAAUUUUCCCUCUCGCAAAUACAGACAUUAAUUUUAUAUCCUGGAUGGUUUUUGCGGUACCAUUUGUUACUGCAUGCUUAUUCACAACAUGGUUAACAUUGAUACUCAUUUUCUUCCGGAAACCUUCAAAAGGUCACAGGACGAUGAAAGAUAAACUGCGACAAAAAUACGAUGAACUACCGAGUUUGUCAUUUGCAGAAGUCGGUGUAUCGAUUUGCUUCUUGAUAUUGCUAACACUUUGGAUAACGAGAGAUCCACAUGUUAUUCCUGGAAGAUCAGAGAAUGUCGGAACAUUACUGGAUUGGAAAACAAUGCAAGAGAAAUUUCCAUGGAGUGUUAUGUUGUUACUUGGAGGUGGUUUUGCAAUGGCUGCUGGUGUCAAGGUACUAAAUGCAGGGGUCAAGUUUCUUUGUUCAAUUAAUAGAACAUAA